AUGCCGCUGGGCGAGGAAGGCUCAGCAGAGCACCAGCAUGACGGCACAGCAGGCGAUCCUUGCAGUACCUUGGACGGGGGAAUAGCAAGGACCUUGACGAGAGACGCACGAGGGGGCAACAAGGGACUAGUAAGACAUAGGCUCAGCCCGAUACAAGUGCAGCAGCAAGCUCUGAUAAGGAGGCUACGUACGCUGGAAGCCAGGCGGGACUGGCGAGGGGUGCUGGCGGCCAUGGACUCUGCAAGGAACGAGCAGAUGCCGAUGAGCCGGACGGUUUACAACAAGGCAAUCAUUGCCAUUGCCAAGAGCGGCAGGUGGCGAGAGACGCUCGCCUUGGUGGAGAGUAUGAAGAGUGACGACCUGUCGCCGGAUGUGUACAGCUAUGCCGGCUGCAUCGAUGCAUGUGCGAAAGCUGCGCAAUGGAAGAAGGCGUGCCAGAUACUCGGGCAGAUGCGGGAAGCAGGAGUAGAGCCAAACGGUUAUGCGUUCAAUUCGGCGAUAAACGCCUGUGGCAAGGCGCACAAGUGGCAGGAAGCCCUGGCUCUCCUCCGACAGAUGGAGCGGGAAGGGGUGCUGGUUACCACCGUCACCCUCAACGCUGCCGUAGAUGCGUGCGGAAUCGCCGGAGAGUGGCGGACGUCUCUCAAAAUGCUCAAGGAGAUGCAGUCGGAGGAUUCCCCGCAGUGGCAACAUCCAAAUUCGCGAACGUUCAACAUUGCCAUCAAAGCGUGA